AUGGUGUGCGUGUACUGCUGCGAGAGUUACGAAGACCCGUCGGCAUAUAGAAAGCACAUGGAAAACGAACACCAGACGUUCAAAACGCGCAUGGCCUUCGUGCACUGCUCCGAGGGUUAUAUUAAAGUAGAUUGCACCGACCUGCGCUGUCGCAUCUGCUCGCAGAGCUUCGACUCCAUCAAUGAUAUCGCCGUCCACCUGAAAGAUGUGCAUUUCGAGAACAUCGACCCCAAUUACGAGAUCGGCGUACAUCCUUUUAAGUUGGAAAAGGACCGCCUCCUCUGCGCCAUAUGCCGAUUGAAGUCGCCCUGCAUCCGCCAGCUCAGCAGGCACAUACAGUCCCACUUCCUGAAGUACACGUGCGAGGCGUGCGGCAAGUCGUACGCCACGAUAACCACUCUGCGACACCACAUCACAUACUCGCACACGGGCGAGGAGAGGAUAUGCAGGAAGUGCAAGAAGACCUUCGGCAGUCUGGAAGCGAAGAGGCAGCACCUGGCCGAGUCGAGGAGUUGUUGGUCGCAUCUGUGCAACGUGUGCGGCGAGCGGUUCAUGACGUGGACCGCGAAACAGGCACACCUGGCAAAGGUCCACGACGCCCCUAAGCGGUCUCACAUCUGCCCCGAGUGCGGCCAGGUUUUCCUGGACAGGAAGAAGUACAGGGUGCACUUUAAAAUCUCCCACACUGACGACAACUACAUGUGCUCCUGUUGCGGAAUGAAGUUCGACACCGAGCGCAACCUCGAGGAGCAUCGUCUCGUGCACACCAAAGAGAAACUAUUCCCGUGCCCCGUCUGCUCGAAAUGCUUCCCGAGGAAGAAGAAUCUGGUGCAGCACAUGUGGAUACACAGCGAGCAGAAGAGGUUCAGUUGCGACCUGUGCAACAAACAGUUCAACCAGAAGGUCAGUUGGAAGUCGCACAUGCGCUCCUACCACCCGGACCUGGUCGACUUGGAGACGACUAAGAACAACAACGUCAAGAUCGUACUCACCGUACUCAAUGCGGAUCAA